CGAAAAUAAACUACCAUAAUAGAGAAGCAUAAAAUUAAAUAAUUUUACAGAUAAGGAUGUAAAAGUAAAAAUAUGUUUUAUGUUUAUGUAAUUCUACAAACAGUUCCUAACCUAUGAACAAUACAAAAUACAAUUACUCUGUACCCAUUAUCCUUUUUAUCGUCUGGAUUCGUGGUCAGCAAUGGUUUUCCUGGCAUUGUACUCGUGAUCGUAGUUAUUAUGAUGACCUGGACUAUUUAUGUGAACGAGGAUAUGAUGAAGACAUUGAAAAUGAUUUUGUAACUUCUCAAAGACGUUACAAAGAACGCGCUGCUGCUGCUUUCGCCGAGGAUUUGGCUGAUUUCAGACGCCAAAGAAGAGAUAUGCAGGAUCGCAUCUUCGAUGUAAUCGACUUGAAUGCCGAGAUCGAAAAGGCCAAGACCACUCUGGAAGCAGCAGACUUCGCGUUCCAACGACAUGCAAGUAAAUUCGACAAUACUGAGAGCAGCGAAAGUACGCCAGAAAGGAAAAUAUAUAACCAAGAAUUUAUACCACAAAAAAAGAGGUUCCCGAAAACUAUGAAAUGGAUCAAGGUUCCAAGUGUAGAAAUGGAAACAUUUUUACCGUAUCCACUAAAGACAAAACAGGAGAAAUACAACACAAUAGCAGGAGAAGAUGGUAUCGAAGACCCAUUAAACAAGCUCGCCUUGUUACCGUUAAAAAGGAGAAUCUUAAAAAGGAAAAAGAGCGUCUCGUUUUAAAAGAAAAUGCUUAGCGAAUAAUGAAAAUUGUUCCAACAAGCCGACAUUCAAGUCGAUACGCACCCUAUGACGUCACUGUUUCAAUAGAACGAAUUCAGAGAAAACUAUUUUAUAUAUUUAAAUUGCUACUUCUUUAUAAUUUAAUCAUCAUACUGCAUCAUAUUAAUAUACAAGUAGUCCACGCAAAACGGUUUAGU